AUGAAAUGUUGAAUUGUUAUGAAUGGUCAUUGCGAUGGAACUGGAACUAAGAUUGAGUUGGCAAUGGUUUGUGCAGGCAGACGGAGGAAGGCGAUAGUGAUCGCGAAAACAUGGCCGACGAAAGGAGAGCUCACCCUGACUGUAUAAAUGCGACGAAUCCUUACCAUGAGUGUGUAGAGUAUUGCUUCAAGAAGAUUGCAGAAGCUAAGCCUAGAGCAGAGUUCAAGCAAGCUCAAGCUGGUAAUGAUCAAGCCAAUGAAAGGACAGAGAAGCUUGUCGAAAGACCAGAUUCUAACGAUGAUGAUGAUAGCCACAGUGACAAAAAUGACCAAGGUGUGGAGGAAUUCCCGGAAGAAGAUGUUACUAAACUUACCGGAAGGCGGAAAAAGCUGUACGAGUUGAAGCGUAAGAUGUAUGAGGCGAAGAAAGCCAAUCAAAUGGCAAUGGUGGCUGAAAAGAAGAGAUUGGAACCUCCUCAAGAGUCUCGAGGUAUUUCCAAACAAAAAUGGCUCGAGGAGAGGAAGAGGAAGAUCGGUAAACUUCUUGAUGCAAAUGACUUGGACAUGACAAAGGCAUAUAUGCUGGAUACACAAGAGGCAGCAGAAGUCAAGUACAAGAAAUGGGACAAAGAUCCUGCUCCAUUUGGUUGGGAUGUUUUCAAUCAGAAGACUCUGUAUAAUGCAUAUAAGAAGAGGACAAAGAAUGUUAAUGUGGAUCUAGAAGAGUAUAACAAGAUGAAAGAAGCCGAUCCUGAGUUCUACCGGGACGCCUCAAGUCUUCAAUACGGAAAGGCACCAAAGAUCUCAGAGGAUAAGGUUGACAGAAUGGUGAAGGAACUCAAGGACCGGGAUGCGAAGCGCGGAUCAUUCAGCCGAAGGAGGAGAUUCCAUGAAGAGAAGGAUAUCGACUCGAUCAACGAUCGUAAUGAGCACUUCAACAAGAAGAUCGAGCGAGCCUUCGGUAAAUACACGCUGGAAAUUAAGAACAAUCUGGAGAGAGGAACUGCACUGCCCGACUAAACAAUGCCUCACUCUCUCAGAGGUGGGGGCUGUUUUGUGUAAGCCUGCACAAGUACACAGUUUCUGGCGUUGUUUAUGAAAUUGAGUGGUCCUUGAACUAUAGAAUUCAGGGAGUGUGCUUUUCAAUUUCCUCAACUGAACGAAUGA